AUGCGCGGGAAUGGGGUGGGGGAUGAUAGGGGGACUGAGGGUCGGGGACUGGGGGAAGCGCGAGGAGAGAAAGCGUCGAUUGCUGCGGGAACAGGCGGGGAUGCAGGUAUGGGGGAGGGGGAGAUAGUUGAGGAAGGGGGGAUGGACGAUGAGGAGGAGUGGGAAGGGGAGGAAGAAGGGGAGGAGGAAGGGGAGGGGGAAGGGGAGGGGGAUUGGGAGAUUGAGGAGGAUUUGGAGGAGGACGAGGAGGGGUGGGGAAGGGGGGGCAGUCAAAGCAGGUGGAGAGUUGGGGGUGGGAAAGGGCGGGUGAGGCGGUAUGACAUGGCAGGCGGUGCAGCACGCGUGGCAUCUGACGUGGCACGAGGGAGCAGGGGCAAGGGCGAGGGGGCAGGGGGAGCAGCAGGCAGUGCGGGCGCCAUUGGUGGUCCGCCCUCCGGUCCUGGCGCUGCAGCUGGUAGUGCUGCCAGCCCUGCCACUGAUGGUGAUGCUUCCAACCUCAUGCUCACGCCCACUGCCACGCCCAUCCCCGCGGCCACCCCUAGCAACAGCAGCGGCGGUGGUGGCGGCGCCCCCAGUGGUGCGUGGCGGCUGCGCCUGGCGGCCCUGUCCGCGCUCUCCGCGCUGAGAGCCGCGCAGCAGCGCGACGAGCAGCUCAUGGCGCUGAGAGCCGCGCAGCAGCAAGACGAGCAGCUCAUGGCUCUGGCGGCAGGGGGGGAGACGGAGGGUGAGGGGGCAAAAGGGGAGGUGGCCGCGGUCGAGGGGGCAAAAAGUGAGGGCGCGGAGGGCGAGGGGGCGGAAGGGGAGGAAAAAGGGCGGGCGUGGGCAGGGAGGGCGGACGGGGCAAACGAGGGGGCCCGGGACGAGGGGGAGAGAGUGACGGGUGAGGCGGAGGAGGGGAAGGCAGCAGGUGCACAGGCAGGGCAGGGCGGGCAGGCAGCGCAGGCAGGGCAGGGCGGGCUGGGAGCGGGCAUGUUGGAGGCACUCAAGGCGGCUGCUGCCGCUGAUGCUGAGGGCCAGGCGAGGGGCAGAAGCCUAAACCCUAAACCACCACCAGCAGCAUCACCAUCAUCGCCAUCAUCAUCCCCAUCAUCACCAGCAUCCCCAGGGGGCGUAUCGAUCUACGUGAACUGCUCGUCAGUGGGGCUGCAGCGAGUGGCAGUGGUGGAGGAGGGGCGCCUGGUGGAACUCAUCGUUGCCUCCACCCCGCCACCCUCCCUCCCCCAGCCCGCACUGCCCUUCCGCUCCUCCCCUCGCCCUCCCAUCAUCCACACCACCACCACCACUGCCGCUGCUCCAUCUCCUCUCACCCCACUCACCCCACUCACCCCACCCAACCCAUCUAAAUCCCCAUUCUCAGCCCCGUCAGCAGCAGGCAGCAGCGUUUUUCCCAUAUCUCCCUUGCCCUCUCCGCCCCCUCCUCCCACGCCGUGGGGGGUGCGAGUGGGGGACGUGUACCUGGGGGUGAUCCGCUCGCUGCAUCCGGGCAUGAAGGCCGCGUUCGUCGACAUAGGGGGCGCCGCGCCCUCCCUGCUCAACCUCGCCCACAACGACCGCCCCCUCACCUUCCCCCCCACUGGGGGCGAUUCUGCCCUUGCGCAUGCUUGGGGUGACACGGCUGUGGUGGGGGGCGGUGGGGGGGAGACAGGCGCUGGGGCAGAGAGAGAGACAGAGGCAAACACAGGGAGAGGCAGAGGGGCAGCGACAGGCGGUGAUGCAGACACAGGCGGAGACAGAGGCAGAGAGAAUGGUGCGGCCGCAGGGUCGGAGCUAGCUACGGGUGCAGGGUCGGAGUCAGGUACGGGAGCAGGGCUGGAUGCUGUGAGGCACUCGGAGAUGUUGGUGGGCAGGGAGGAGACAGUAGGUGGGGCGGGUGCCGUGGCGGACGGGAGUGCAGGCGUGUGGGUGGGAGUGGAGGUCGAGGGUGGCGGGUUGAUUCCGGGAUGGGAGGUGAGGGAAGGGGUGGAGAGGGGUGCAGUGGUUGUGGCAGGUAUGCAAAGGGAUGAGGAGGAUGGGGAUGAUGAUGAUGAUGAUUUUGAGGAAGAGGAGGAGGAUGAAGAAGAAGAAGAGGAAGAAGAGGAAGGAGAGGAAGAAGAUGAGGAAGAUGAGGGUCACGAAGAGGACCUGGAUGAGUGGCAUGAGGAUGAUAUGGCGGAGGAGGGGGAGGGAGAGGAGGAUGAAGGCGAGGAACAGGGGGAGGGAGAGAUAAUGGGCGAUGGCUAUGAAAAAGAGGAGUGGAUAGAAGAGGAGGAUGGGGAGGAGGAGGAGGAGGAGGAGGAGGAUGGGGAGGAGGAGGAGGAGGAGGAGGAGGAGGAGGAGGAGGAGGAGGAGGAGGAGGAGGAGGAGGAAGGAGAAGAAGAAGGGGAGGAGGAAGAGGAGGAGUGGGUGGACGUGGAGGGUGAGUUCGAAACGGACCUUGAGGACGAGAGCAGUGAUGCUGGCGAUGCUGCUGCUUCUCACUCACAUGCUCAUGCGCCUGCUGAUGCGGAUGUUGAUGCUCAUGGCGAUGCCAUGUUGCGGCAAUCGAAAGGAUCAGAAGGGAGUGCGGAUGAGAGAGAGCGGUGGGAGCGUGUGGAAGGUGAUGUUGAGGAGGUGAGUGAGGAGGAGGAGGCGGAGGAAGGAGGAGGGUGGGAGGAGGAGGAAGAGGAGGAAUGGGAGAUGGAGGAGGAAGAAGAGAGGACAGAUGGGAGGCGGCGGAGGAAGAAGGCUGUGAGGAGGCGAGGCAUGGGCGCUGGUGAUGAUUGGGCGGAGGACGAGGAAGAGGAAGAAACAGAGGAGGAAGUUGAGGACGAGGAGGAAGAAGAGGAGGAAGAAGAGAAGGAGGAGGAGGAGGAAGAGGGGGAAGAGGAGGGGAGCAGUGGGGAGGCAGAGAAGAAGCAUGGGGGGGAACAGAAGUCCGAGGAGGAGAAGGAAGAAGCAGCAGUAGAGGUGGUGGGGAAGGCAGGGAAUGGGAAUGACAGUCGGGACCUCACCAACGGCUUAACCGAUUGCCUGCCUGCUCAUGCCGCCUCUUCCCUCUCUCUCGGCCUGCACAGCCGUCCGCUCCCCCUGCUCGCCCCUUCCCCGCCCUCCAUACCCCCGCCCUCCAUACCCCCUUCCUCCCUACCCCCUCCUCCUCAACUCCCGCCCGCCCUCCCCUCGCCCUCCCUCCCCCUCGCCCUCGCAUCAGCAGACCCCAUUGUUGACCCUGUUGCACCCCUGCCCUCACCCCUGCCUGCACCCCUGCCCUCACCCCUUCCCUCACCCCUGCCCUCACCCCUGCCCUCACCACCACAACUUGACGCCCUCAUCGCGAUCCCCACCGAGCCCUCCUCUCUCCACCCUUGUGCUUCUCUCAACCCACCCGCCAACCCUCAGCAGCAGCAGCAGCAGCAGCAGCAGCAGCAGCAGCAGCAGCAGCAGCAGCAGCAGCAGCAGCAGCAGCAGCAGCAGCAGCAGCAGCAGCAGCAGCAGCAGCAGCAGCAGCAGCAGCAGCAGCAGCAGCAGCAGCAGCAGCAGCAGCAGCAGCAGCAGCAGCAGCAGCAGCAGCGGCGGCAGUGGGAGCAGGGACGAGGACGGGGAGGUGUGCCGCCCUACGCAGCGGGCGGCAGGCUGGGCGGCGGGCGGCUGACAGUCAUCCCGGGCUCCCGAGGCCAGCCGAGGAGCCGCCGCUCGGCUGCGUGGUCGCUGACGUGGCGCCAGCUCAUGGAAUCGCGGCGGGCGGCGAGAGAGCGAGCGAGACGAGCGGGGGCCAUUGAGGGAGGGGAUAGCGGGGGGACGAGGGGGAGCGAGGAGGCGAGGGAGCGGGGAGCAGAGGGCGAGGAGGAGCGGGAGGAGGAGGAGGAGGAGCAGUAUGAGGAGUGGGGGGAGGUGCGGGCGGGGAUGCUGAUUCUGGUGCAGGUGGUGCGAGGGCCCAUUGGCGCCAAGGACUCCGUGCUGCGGGCCUUCCCCGUGCUGGCAGGCCGCUGCUUUGUGAGUGUUGCUUGCACUCUGCCCUCUCGUCUUCACUCUCUUCAUUCUCCUCCAACCCCUCCUCUCUCUCGCCUCCCCCAGCCAUCUCUCGAACGGUCCGUGCCAUUGAAUAAGAAGAACGGUACAGCAGAGGUCGGUAUGAGAAGCCAAGGCAAUCAUCGGCUGGUGCUGCGGGGAACAGGGCUGGUGAUGCCGAGGGGGGUGGCAGCAGAGGAGGCGGCGCGCAUACAGGCCAUUGUUGCCCGCCUCGCACCCACCCGAUCCUUCUCCAUCCAGGUGCGGCAGGCGGCGGUGGGGAAGGGGGAGGGCGACCUGGGGGCGGAUCUAGCGGAGCUGGUGGAGCGGUGGAGAGCGGUGCUGGCGCGCGCGAAUGCGGUGGCGGGGCAUGUGAGGAGCGUGGCGGACGUGCCGGCUGUGGGCCCCACGCUGCUGCUGCAGGGCACACCCAUGGCCCUUGAUGUCAUCCACUCGCUGCUCGUGCAGCACCACCAGGUGUCGCGCCUUGUGGUCGACUCGCCUGCCUUCCUGCAAGAGUUAGAGGCGUAUCUGCAGCGCAUGCAGCCGGCGCUGUGUGGGCGGGUGCAGCUGCACACAGGCCCGGCGCCCAUCUUUGACACCGCCCACAUCGAGCCCGCGCUGCUCUCCGCGCUGCACCGCUGUGUGCCACUGGCGGGGGGCGGGUCACUGGUGAUAGAGGAGACGGAGGCGCUGGUGGCAAUAGACGUGAACAGCGGGUGGAGCGUGCUGCAGCCCACGGCACGGCAGGAGGACACCUUCCUUGCUGUCAACCUCGCCGCUGCCAGACAGAUAGCAGUGGAGCUGCGUUUGAGGGACCUGGGAGGGCUCGUGGUGAUUGACUUCAUUGACAUGCAUAAAGCGGAGCACCGGAGGGCGGUGGAGGAGGAGGUGAGGAGGGCGAUGGGGGGGGAUCGGCGCAAGGUGCGAGUGGGGGAGAUCUCGCAGUUCGGCCUGCUCGAACUCACCCGCCAGCGCGUGAGUGCGGUGCGCCAAGUGCGCGUGGGGGAGAUCUCGCAGUUUGGCCUGCUCGAACUCACCCACCAGCGCGUGAGUGUUCUCUGGCCCGGUGCACUGCGGUCCCGUGCGGUGCUCCCAUGUGCUAUGCGUCCAAGCCUUGCCGCCUCGCUGACGGCGCCGUGCAGGUGCUGCUGGGCGGCGGGGCGAGUGGAGUCGCGCCUGGCCAUGCUGGCCCGUCUUGAGCGCGCGCUUCAGCGCUGCCUGGGUGGGGUGGGGGGACUUGGGGGGGUGGGGAGACUUGGGGGGCGGGUGGAGUCGCGCCUGGCCAUGCUGGCCCGCCUCGAGCGUGCCCUGCACCGCUGCCUGGCUCAGUCUGUGGCAGUGGCAGGCAGCAAGCAGGGCAGGCAGGGAAAGGGGGCCAGGGAUAGGCGGCGGGAGCGGAGGGCCCAAGCAGCAGCGGCAGAAGCAGCAAGGGGUGGGGGUGAGGGGGGUGAUGGGAGAGAGGGCGGGCGUGAGGAGGUGGUGGUGGGUCUGGCUGCCUCGCCUGCCACUUGUGAGCAGCUGCUCAUGGGACCCGCCCUGCCAGAUGGCACUCCCUCGCUCGUCCACGUCAUAUGUGCUGCCCUCCACGUCACCCUGCACAUACAGGUGGAUGCAGCGUUGCCGUACGGCUACUUUCUGCUCUCCCACAAUGGCCGCUCCUCCGUCGACCCGCCUCUCACCCCGCACGACCCUCCCCCCCACGUCGCUCCCUCCUUCAACAUCCCCGCGUAUCUCGCCUCCAUCCUAUCAGGCUCUUCUUCCCCCUCUCCUUCCUCAUACCCCUCUUCUCAUGCGGCCUCCCUACCACUGGCACCACCACAACUAGCAACAGCAGUGUAUAACACUAGCAGCAGCGCCACCAGCAGCACCGCCAGCAUGCGUGUGUUCGUGCAGCCUCUACCGGCCGGUGCCUCAGUGCGUGCAGACGCCCCAGUGCCACCCAGAAUCACCAUCUCCCCUCAGUGGCCUGCAGCAGGCCAGCCCAGGGGGGGCGAAGGCACGCCAGGGGUGCCUGCCUCCAGUGCACCUGCACUGCAGACCUCUGCUGCUGGCUCGGCUGUUGCGAGAGCAGGCUCAGCAGGGGCAGAGCAGCGUGGGAGUGAGCUGGCAGGGGGCAGUGGAAUGGUGAUGCGGAGAAAGGCGGUGGGAGAGGCAGGGGCAGCAAGGAGUGCGAGGAAAAGUUCCAGGAGUAAGGCGAGUGGUGGUGUUUCUGGUGGUAAACCUAGCAGUAGCAGCAGCAGCAAGAGUAGUGGUGGUGGCAGUGGUGGAGGCAGCAGCAAGGGUAGUCAAAGUGGGGCUGAUUCAAAGGUGGAAAAGGUGAAAAAGGCUGUGAAGAAGAAAGGUGAGGAUGGAGGAAAUCGCACAUGCUUCACCGACCUCCUCCAUCGAGAUUCCACCAUCGAUCACAUCCCAGCCGUUCCCUUGUUUGCGGAUGGAUCAGCUGGUUCCCCCUGGGCUUCUCCCUCCUCUUCCCAGGGGCUUGGUAAAGUUCACCUCGAUCUUUUUUCCGUUUAUUUCAAUCCACACAUCUUCCUGAACCUUGUCUCAUCUUUCCUCUACAACCUCGAGAUCGCUUGCCUGCUCGACGAUCUCUUUGGACUUAGCAGGGCCAUCGCCGUUGUCCCAGGGACAGUCAGCAAGCGCACGAAGCAAUACCAGCUGGAGUUCCUGCAAACGACAGCCAAGCCGAAGCCGCAAAACCCGCUCAUUCUCAUGGCUGACGAUGACACCUUGGCAGCACUAAGGCCUCGUCUGGACGCGAACCUGGGUGGCAGAGGGUCGCUCAUCACAUCAGUACCUGGCAUGCUGGAAGUGCUUCCAGUUGGUGCUUCCAAGGCCACGGGCCUUGCCACUGUGCUCGACAUUAUGGGUCUGCACCCGCAGCAGGUCAUGGCAGCAGGAGAUGGUGAGAAUGACAUUGAGAUGCUCCAGAUGGUUGGUUUGGGUGUGGCAAUGGCAAAUGCUGGGCCUUCGGUCAAGGCAGUGGCAGACCAUGUGUCGACCACAAACGACUAUGAUGGCUUGGCAGCUGCCGUGGAGAGAUUUGCCCUCACUGCUGGACUUUGGUGCUGGGACUAG